AUGAAAGAAAAGAUCGAAGAAAAACUCAAGUCUGUUCUCCACAGGAGGAAGAAGUCGACACCCACGCAAUCUCCUCGCGCCUCGUACGAACAGUCCGCGGAGACAAGCCCGCGUACUGAGCAGCACCCUGUCUCACCUCGCAAUCGUCGCCAACAACACUCCGAAAUCAUCAACGAUGCUUUUCACCCGGACACUCGAGGGCAACCACGGGACUCUGCCUACCAUGACGGACGCGCAAAUCAUGCCGUGGCAUCGCCCAACACAGACCUCAAUGGAUCCAUUGCAGAUGACUACAGAUCUUAUCUUCCUGCUUUAGCUUCUGAAGAUGAUCCAACAGCCGAGCAAGGCGUACCAGACAGACAUCUUCGUUAUAGGCCAUCGAGCGAUGCCGAGCGCUUGAAGCCUCUCCCCGCCAUACCAAAUUCCUCUAGUCAUCACCACACUGAUCACCCAAGGCGAUCCAUCGAUACCGGUGGCCUUGGCAGCACAAUACGUGCAGCACUAUCCGAACCCCCCAGACACCAAGUCAGCGAUGGCGGCUUUGAAAAUAGCAUUCGAUCGCACGGAGAGGGCUUUCCGAAUGAGAAGCAUGGCCUGAAGAAGAGUGACCAUCCUGUGCGAGGAUCCACCGGUGAUGAUGCGCUGGCUGUAAAGCCUGUCCCAGGCCUUGCGAUUACGAAGGACAACCAGGGCACGGAUGGUGGCCAUGAUUGGAAAGUGAAACAACAAGCGAUGCUUGAAGGCGUUGUGGAUCUCAAAGAUACUGUGGAUAUGGAUCGGGACAUUGCAUAUGCUCCGGCUGUUACCCACGAGAUCAUCAAGCCACACGAGCACGAGGUCAUACAGCAACGAAUCCACCGCGAGAUUCACAACUAUACAUAUUACCACCGACUGCAGCCAGUUCUUCAGACCGAAGUCCUCCCGCCUCGUCACUUCAUUCCCAACCCCGAUGGAGAGGGUUUGAUCGAAAUCUCUGCCGACGAGUUGCCAAACCGCACUGGCAAGAACAGAUGGUGGGAUAUAGUUCAGAAAGAGCCAGCGCUUCCGGCAACUCCAUUCGAAUGGCGCACAGAGCCGCAGAUCAUCGAGGGAAAGCCGUACAUAACCGAAGAGGGCUUCGAACGUAGAGAGACGACUAUCAUCUAUCCACCAACACUAGACGAUAUGUCGCGCUACAGUGGAUUAGUUCAGCCCGUACACUUCGAUCACAAAACUGGGGAGCGUUGGUUGGGAGAAUUGACGACUGUAGAGAAGUUGAACCGGGAACUGAGCCGACAGGAUGACGAGGAUUUCAUGACUAUGAAGGACAUUACCGCAGACCUGCCGAAAGUUUCAUCAAGUCCCUCUGUCAAGCGAAAGCCUGUUGGUCGCGACUCUCUCUAG